AUGGUGAAUACAAAAAAGAUGAUGAAAAUGAUAUGCUCACACUCCUUCCCAAAGAAAAAGGCUGGAGAACUGAGCAUCUUUACCAAUAUAAAUUUUUUUUGGUUCACUUUGGGAGCUCUUAAGGGAGUUAAGAGUACGCAACAAUGCUUCAAAGCUGAACCCACAGAUAUUUUUCUAACUUCACCAAAAUCAGGAACAACAUGGUUCAAGGCCCUUAUUUUCACCAUCAUGAAUCGUGAUCGAUUCGAUUUCUCCUCUCACCCUUUACUUACCAAGGGCCACCAUGAUAACCUUCCUUUUUUGGAAGCCAUCAUACGAAAUGAGGCUUCCUACAAUGAUUAUCGAAUUUCAUCUUCUCCGCAUUGCCUUUUUGCAACACACAUUCCUUAUUCUUUGUUAGCAAUAUCUGUCAUGUCUUUUGGUUGCAAAAUUGUGUAUGUCUUUCGCGAGGCUAAGGAUGUUUUCGUUUCAAAUUGGCAUUAUAUGAAAAAUUUAAGACCAAAAGAUCUACCUUCUUUUCCAAUCGAAGAUGCGUUUGAUCUGUUUUGCAAAGGGGUAUCACAUUAUGGUCCCUUUUGGAAUCAUGAAUUGGGUUAUUGGAAUGCAAGCUUGGAAAAUCCAGACAAGGUACUUUUUUUGAAUUACGAAGACAUGAAGAAAGACCCUGUUGUCUGUGUUACCAAAUUGGCUAAGUUCUUGGAUAAGCCAUUUUGCUUAGAAGAAGAGAGAGAAGAGGUCGGGCAGAAGAUAGUAAGGCUUUGUAGCUUUGAGAAUUUGAGCAGUUGGAAGUGA